UAUCGUCUUUGGCACGUGCUCGUGUUUAUGAAAGGGAUGAAGUCAACCGCUCCUCGAUACAGCUAUGUGUCGUUAUGGCAACAGACACAGAAGAACAGUCCAUACUCAGCACUUCUGUUGCUAUGGUAACACCAUCUGUAGUGCAUAUACGGAGACUCGUGACCAUUCAUGAUCUGAUGCAUCAAUGUAUUCAUACAUGACAUCUGAUCAAAUCAUAUAAAUCACCUUUACGCUACAAAACAUUAUCUUAAAAAUCAAAUUUUAUAUUGACUAAUCGUUAUUCUUUUAUUUAGCCUACUUUUGUGCAUUUUAUAGGCUGUAAUAUUAAAUGCGUUAUAAUAAAUCGCAUACACUUUCAGUUUUGCUGAAAUACAUAUACGCGUAUGUUAUUGUGGCUUAUUAUGAAUAAUUCAUGAGAAUGAUUCUGGGGUAUGACGUCACUGAUCGGGUCUGAUGUGAAUGUGGAUGAAGAUGGAUCGGAUGUGAUCCGAUCGUCUCGAGUGUGUAAUGUGUAACUGAUUUCUGAAGGAUAAUCGGAUAAAUAGGAAUUAAACAUGUUAAUGAUGAAGAUAAAGUGCGCCGAUGAUUAUGAGGGAAGAAAUAACUGACCGGAGAACAGCAGAGAUCUGAGGUGAGUCUCUGUGCUGAUGACAUCAUACAGCUGCGACCUGACACCAGGAGGGAAAUGGUGUACUCCCUAUCUGCCGAGGGCGUAAAUCCCUCUUUCCGCUCGGCUGUCGUUUUCUACCCGACGAUGGACCACUCUGACCGGAACGAUUCAUCCACCACUCCCACGGCCCUCGUCUGCCGCCUAGACGCGCCAUCACUGGAGUCUCAGACCAACGGCUCCUUGACCUCGUACGAUCUGACCCCGGCAGAGGUGACGGUUCUCGGGCUUAUCUUCACCAUUCUCUGGGUGAUAUCAGUACUGGGCAACUCUCUAGUUUGUCUGGUGAUCCAUCGUAGUCGUAGAACGCAAUCGACCACCAACUACUUUGUAGUGUCGAUGGCGUGUGCCGAUCUGUUGUUGAGUCUGGCGUGGGCCCCGUUCAUUUUGCUCCAGGUGUCCGCGGGUCACUGGCCUCUGACGGCGGCCGCGUGCAAAGCCGUGCGUUACCUGCAGCACUUGUGCCCUGGAGUCCAAGUCUACGUGCUUCUGUCUAUUUGCAUCGACCGCUUCUACACCAUCGUUUACCCUUUGAGUUUUAAAGUGUCACGCGAGAAGGCCAAACGGAUGAUUUUGGCAUCUUGGAUCUUCGACGCGGCUUUCGUGUCUCCGUGCCUGUUCUUCUAUGGGUCGUCUUCGACAGCGACCUCUCAAAACCACUGCGACUUCUUCCUGCCGGACUCCUGGGAUGGGCUGGGGUACGCGGUGGCUCAUCUGCUCUUCGGAUUCCUGGUCCCGGCGCUCCUCAUCGUGUCUUUCUACCAGCGGGUGGUCCGAUACAUCUGGAGGAUCGGUACGGACGGACGAACGGUCCGCAGAACCAUGAACAUCGUCCCCAGAACUAAAGUCAAAACUAUCAAGAUGUUUCUAAUGCUCAACACAAUGUUCCUUCUCACCUGGACGCCAUUUUACGUAGCUCAGCUCUGGCAUCCCGAAGCAGUGUCAGGACCGAGCAGGCAAGGGGCGCUCUUCUUCGUCGCGGUGGCGUGGAUCUCCUUUAGCUCCACGGCAUCGAAGCCGACGCUUUACUCCAUUUACAACGCCAACUUCAGACGUGGUAUGCGAGAAACUUUCUGCAUGUCCUCCAUGAAGUGUUACCGUAGUAACGCAUACACCAUCACAGCCAGCUCACGAAUAGCCAAAAAGAACUAUAUCGGAGUAGUAGAUAUUCCUGUACCGGCGAAGACACUCAUCAAAGAUUCGGUUUACGAAACUUUUGACCGAGAAGCAAAGGAGAAGAAGUUAGCGUGGCCUAUCAGCACCAACCCACCAAACACUUUUGUAUGAAGAGUUUUAGCAAAGUCAUUGAUGAGAGCGCACAAUAAAUAACACAUUGACUCGUUCCUGUUGUGCAACUCUGAACUGAUCAAUGAAAGGUUUGUGUUGAAUAAAGCAUCUCUACUUAAGGGUAACAAUUUCACAAGAAAUAUUUAUACAAUAGCAGGAAAGUUAGCAGGAUGAAAACGAAGAUCUUGGAAAAUUAAGUUCAGCACUCACUUGAAGGAGUCGGUUCUUUGUCAAUCUUUGUUGACCUCUGAAAUCCAAAAGACAGAUAGAUAAUAACACGAGAGUAACGGAAUAGAACGUAAUAUUAAAGACACAUGAAAACAAUUAAAAUAACAUUUAGAAGAAAACAUGAUUUGUUUAAAACGUUUUGGGAUGAUAAAAAGCAGAAUAAACACUUGGAAUUUUUCUUUAUAAAUAAAGUUUUUUAUUGUACAAGUUUAAUAGCAUCUGGGAACAUGAAUGACAUCUGACAUAAUUCACUUCAGUGUGAUGUUAAAAAAAUAAUGUAAUUUAAUUAUAAUAAUGUAUAUGAAGGCACGUAUGAUCGACCUGAAGUCAAUCUAAAGAAAUGAUGCUGACUAAACGUUUAGAUGAGUGAUGAUGACAUCAUCACAAUCUUCAUUUCAUCACAUUAAACCUCGUGUCGUCUCACGUUCUACUAUUUGUUUGUGCAGUUGGGUUUAUGUUAAUCUAAUGGAGACUCAGUCGUAGUGUUUUGUGUCUGUAUUUACAGAUGAAACUGUCUCUCGUUAUUUGUGAUGUUUAUAAUGCAAAUCCAACAUGUCAGUGUGAUUUAACAAUUAAACUUUCUGUACAAUUCA